UUCAAACGCGUUCAAGAGAUGCCCCAUCAAUUCGUACUUAAGUUCAUGGAACUAAGUCUUCACGGUGCAAUUGACAGUUUUAAAGGUUUGUUCAGGUCCAAUACGUUCUAUGUGACGCUACUAUACGUUUACACGUAGAGAGUUCCAAUAUGAAGAAACCAUGUUUUUAUCUCUUAUCGACAUCGUGACCGGUUGGGUCCGUUGCAGCCUCGGGAUUGGUGGCCAAAGUCCCAGCAAUUAAAGCAGUGCCUCACUGAUCACCCAACUCUUACACUUCCUAUCAUCAGUAGUGUAUUGGCCGCUGUUGGUGAUAGACAACCGUUGCAAUCUGCAUUCCACCGUACGCCUUUCUCAGUUUUAUAGCUACUGAUUCGUUGCCCAUACCAGGUAUGCUGAAGAGUGCUUUCUCGAGCUCCUCAUCCAAGUCCUUGCAUUCAAUAGAUGCGACCUGCGAUAGCGCUCGGACAGUCGCUUCAUCGCCUAGGGUGCUUUUGACACGCUUCUUGAAGUCGGCGCUCUUUACCGCCGGGUCUGGUUUUAGAUCGAAGGGCAGUUCGCCUUUUUGGGUUUGUCUUGUUUUGGUGGCGCUCUUGCCAAGAGUAGAUAACUUUGGCUCUGCGCGUAGCUUCCGGAACAAGUUCGCAUACGUUGUGCUUUCUUUCGCUUCCACGAUAAGGGCAUCACCCGUUGAGGUUCGGGUUUUAGGGGUGGUUCUGGCUUCGUGACGGCUUUUUAUUUUCGUGUUCUCCUUUCUAUUACGAACCAUUCGCUAGCCUCCUGCACUGCUUUCUCCGUCUGCAUCCUCGUAGUCCGAAUUCCUCCUUUUUUUUCGGAAGAAUCGUUUACGACGGGGGAGUCGCGAUCUCUUUUCGCGGUUCUUCUCGGCUUGGACUCCUUCGAAGGUCCUUGAGAAGCAUCCAAUUUUGCUUCCUUCAAUCCCUUUCCGCGACACAUUUUGGCGAAUGUGGUACUUCGGACAAACUCCUUCAUCUUGUCGAACAUAUCGGCUGCCUCCAAAAGGCCACAUUUCUUUAUGCUCCUUGAUGCACCUUUUCCUGCGAAUGGAACCUGCUCCUCUUGCUGAGAACUACUGAGGUUUUCAGUGGGUCCAUCUGCGGCCAUGCCUUUUUCCGUUUCCUAGACAACGUUAAUGCCCCUGUAAGGUCCGUGUGUGAAAUGACAUGAGAAACCAUUAGAAUUUUUUCAACAUAUAGGAGAUGUUUGUAUCUCUGUAGUAUUACUGUCCUUUAUUCUGUAAAAUGUAAUUUCUCAAAUGGAAUAAGUUAUUUUUUUUUGGAAUAAAUGCUAGUGAGUUCAAAUAUGUGUUUAGUUAACAUUUGUUGACUUUUACACCAAACAUUUUUGGUGUGAUUUUAGAUGUCGGUGUAAAGUACGAAUGUAUAAAUGGUUUAUGUGUUCAUGUAAGAACAUAAAAUAGUGUAAUAAAUCAAUGAGUACACAUGAAGAAUCUACACCUGAUGAGUCAACGUUCAAUGGUCGAAGCUGAACUCACCUACAGGCCUGAUUGCAACCCGAUGCUCAAUUCCACUAUCGAUGCGAAAGAUCCGAAGAAGUUGAUGGUGGUUUCAGCAUGUUGGAUCGAAACAUUCCUUGCAACCUGCCCUCGUCGACAUUGUCCAACGCUGGAAUAGGAACAAAUCCGUUACCAGAGCACGUACAAAAUAUGUUUACUUCACCGUCUACGAUCGAUUUAGUCCAGCCCGCACAAACCCAUGGUUACACCAUUUACGAAAAUCCGCCAAUGGUUUCCACUCCAACUGGUGAAACUUUAAAUCCACUAGCACUGACCAAACCGGAAGAAAUUAUCAAGAUGCUUCGUGAAAUUACAAAGCGGUUGAACAAACUCGACCAAAAAACUAAGAACCAUAGCUUACAACUUGACCACAUAAUGAAUUCGUUGCAAGGUAAAAGGAUAAAUCCAUCUAUCGGCGGAGAUUUUCUUUUUCAAGCUAUUGCCAACGAGAAAGAACUCGAAGAAUUGGAAGCAAAACUUGAAGACGAGGAAUUCAAAUCUGAAUUUAUUAAUUGGCUCCUUUUCAACGUCGACGGUGACUGUGCGGAAAACAGAAUGCUCUCGGCGCUGGACAUGAUAUUCUCGCUGGAAUUCCAAGCAUGUUGCACCUGGACAGGAUCCAGUCGUAAAGGUCCGAAGAUUGCUAUGAUGCCGAAUCGUCGAAUACUGUCCAUUUUCCAAAGAAUCGGACACACGGAAACGGAAACAGUUACCCAGCAAAAGUUGGCAGUGUUUUUCAAAAAGAAACUGAAGAAUGCCUUCAAAAGGUUGUCGAAUACCGGCCAGCGUCGUGGAUCCCGUCAUGUCAGAAGACAUAAGAAACCUACCGUCGUGGAACAAGGGACGCAAAACACAAAUUACGAAUCAGAUUCAACUGAUGUUUCAUGUGAAGGAUAUGGUAAUUUGGAUGACCAACUGAAUGUUUCGGAACCUGUUAGCUGUGAUAAUUCCUUUUUAAAACAAGAACAAGAUAUUACAUUCUUCACAACCACUAAUGCUGACUGAAAAUGGUUGAUAAUUAAUUUGUAUUGACUCAACUAAGCCAGAAACGAUGCAAAUAUGUAAAGAAUUUCAUUGUACGAAGUGAGGAUUUGAAUAAACUACAAGAACUACAAAUAACCGCCAACUUUUUUAUUUAUAUCAUCACACUUUGCCGAACCCUAGUCACCUUAUACUUCAUAUAUAUAAUUUUUGUGAUAGAUACGUCAGAAGAAAAAGAUUUGAUAUAAAAAAUGAUCUUAGAUAAACUUAUUGAGUAACGAAGCAUUCUAAUCCGGUUGUUGUGGAUACCGAAAAACUCAUUUCAAUAAUUUUUAAACGCUUUCUGACACUAUUGAAUUAUAAAAGAUUAGAAUUCGUAUAACAGUGAAUUCAACAGAAAUGAUAGAGAAAAUAAAUUCGAACCACCAAAAUCAACCACCGAACAAGACGGAUUUUUUUUAUUGCAAUAAAAAAACUCUUCGACGGGCAGAAGCCAGGACAUCUUCCCUCGUAUCCCGAAACUUAUAAUAAGUUUAAACAUAUGGUGCCGAAACCCGGGACUCGUAUCGCCGGAAUUAGUUUUAUCGCAAGUCCGUUUGUUUAGUGUCAAAAUCAAGCUUGUUUUGCCGUUGGUUCAUUUUUCUCGGAGCCACGCUGGCUCGAGUCUCGAGCCCAGAAGUCAGAGAUGCUAUGAAGCUCCGAAGAAAAAGACUUCGCGCACUCAAACGUCUACCGAAUGAUGACUCAAGAAAAGACUCCGCUCUUAGUCAGUUCAAAGCUGCCCACUCAGCCGCUUUUGCGAUUAUAAAAGCUGCAAAAAGCAAAUGCUGGAAGGAAUUCGUCGAAAAAAUUUACACCAACACCCCAUUCGCGAAACUCUGGGAAGAAACUUAAACGCCUGGAUGGUUCAAAUCGGACUAGCCGAUACCACCUGCUACUGAACCAAAACUAAUCCAACGAUCCUUCGCAACUAGCAGAAGCUUUUAUUAAACACUUCUCCUCCAUUUCUUCAGAUUCCCCACCCAACACUCCUCAUUCUAUCGACUUUGUUACCGAUUUGAACCUGUAAUAUAACUCCGACUUCUCUUUGCACGAACUCAACAUUGCACUUCAGAAAGUUAAAGGUCGUUCUUCAGGACAGGAUGAAAUCGGAUACUCUUUAUUAAAAAAUCUUUCACCAGUCGGAAAGAUAACUUUUCUAAAAAUAUUGAAUGAAAUUUAGCAGGCCGGAGUAUUUCCAUCUCAAUGGAAAGAGUUAUUCAUCAUCCCAAUCCCAAAACCACCCCAUCACUCUUUUGGACUGCUCAGGGAAGAUCCUGGAGUGAAUGGUUAAACGUCGCCUGUCCUCUGUUCUAGAAACAGAAAAUCGGCUAGAUACACGUUAGUUUGGAUUUCGUCCCGGGUGCUCUACUAACGAUCAUCUCUCCAUCCUUGAAAGCAUACUGGACGAUGCCCUCGAAAAUAAUCAACAUGUUGAAUGCCUCUCGUUGGACCUCUCCAAAGCCUUCGAUAGGGUGUACAGACAUAAACUCUUGUCCACGUUAAAAGACUGGGGAGUGCUCUGUAGAAUGAGUCAAUUUUUAAAAAGCUUUCUGACUGACCGGAAAUCCAGAGUGUUUUUCGACGGCAUGUCAUCUUCUUCCCGGAUCAUUACAAACGGCGUUUCAUAAGGUUCUGUAUUGGCCCCUAUUCUAUUCUUAAUCACGAUGCAAUCAAUACUCAACACUGUUCCUGGAAAUGUCAAAAUCUUGGCUUACGCAGACGACAUCACACAUCUGUCUGUUGCUCCUUUCUCGAAACUUGCCAGAAAUCGAUUACAAUUUGCUGUAGACAAAGUAGCUGAUUGGGACCCCUACGCUAGGUUUCACCUUCGCUCCAGGUAAAUUAAAGGUUAUGCACUUCGGCAACUGGAACAGAAAGCUCCCGCCAGUUACCAUGAACGACAACUCUGUUCCUCUCGUUCACUCAGCUCGCAUUCUAAGAGUCUGGAUAGAUGACCGAUUAAAGUUCAUCAACCAUGCUAACCGAAUUCGCAAAUCCACUUCCCUUAAACUUAACAUCAUUAGAAAAGUAUUCAGCGUCAGGGGAGCUGGGUCUCGCAAAUCGUUAUUUCUGUUCCUGUACGGAUGGGUAUUACCCACAAUUCUUCACGGUCUAGGAUUGAUCAGCAGAGGAGGUGAUCACAUCUCCAAACAUUUGGAACCGAUGUACAAUGAAGCAAUUCGUAUCAUCAGCGGUACCUUUAGGAGCAGCUCUAGAGUAGAGUAUCACUGAUGGCUGAGAGUGGGCAACCACCUUUUGAACUUAUCCUCACCAAAACAUCACCAUCAAAGCAAUAAGGUGGCUGUCUUACUAUAAACAUCCCGGAAUUCCCAUAAUCCGACGUGCUGAAAAUGCUCUUUUAGAGUACCAAACAUCUCUUCCAGAUAUUGCCAAUCCCGAAAGUUGACAGGUGUUUCCUUUCAAAACUUCGCGCUGAAGUAAGCUCUUCAAUUGUCUUGCAAUUUUUCCACCAACUGGUAGAGAGGAAGUACAAAAAUAUAAUACAAUUCUACACUGAUGGCUCCAAAUCAACCGAUGACCGGGUAGGUUGUGGUAUAUUUAGCAGUACAAGAAACAUCGCACUAGCACUCCCAGAAGCCUUCGCUGUCUUAAAAACCGCCGAAGACUUAUGCCCUUCAUCUGGUUCCGUCAUCGUCUCGGAUUCUGCUAGCGUGCUUAGUGCCGUGUCAGCAGAUAACACAAAACACCCCUGGAUCUUUAACUUCUCUGAACUCGCUAUCCAGAAAAGUAUUACCCUGUGCUGGAUCCCUGGGCAUUCCAUGAUUCCCGGGAAUGAAGCUGCAGAUCGUCUGGCUUUGAAGGCAGUCAGAUAACUUUUCCAAAUAUUCCUAUCCCGCCGUCAGACAUGACAAACUGGAUAAAAGACAGACUAUCUCUACUAUGGGCACAUCGUUGGAACACCUGCCCUAAGAACAAUUUGAGAGAAGUGAAAAAUUGCACUCUGGCAUGGAAUGAUUGAAUCACAUUCCUGGAACGGAGAGUACUUACGCGGCUACGCAUAUGUCACACCAGAUUGACACACGGUCACCUAAUGGGGAACGAAGAUCCCCCCGAAUGUCACAUUUGCAAAGUUCCCGUAACCGUCAAACACAUCAUAAUUCAGUGUCCGAUAUAUCACCAGGUUCGCUCGGACUGUAUGCUGGCUCAAAACCUGCGGGAAGUACUCUCAAAUGAUCCUGAAGACGAAGAGAAAAUGUUACGCUUCUUACGAAAGACUAAAUUGUUCGAAGAGAUAUAAGAAAAAAAUCAACAACAAAAAACAGAUCUACAACAUUGGCAACACUAUACGCACUAGACAGACACGGCCGGAAAGGGGAUAAAUAACGCCCGGGCGUUAAAAUCCCAGGAAAAAAAAGAUUAAAGUACUUGUAACCAACGGUUCCCCAGACUGCUCAGCCGAGCAAGAACCCCCCUCUAAGCCUCAGGGUCGGCACACUCAAUAAGUUAUUCGGAACAAGGAAACACCUUAAAUGCGCGUUAAAGAAAUCCCACCUUUAUUUCCCUAUCUUGGGGUUCACACAAAUGGUCACCAGAACUUUCCUUAGAUCAAGCUGGGUUGUGUUCUACUUUAGGGUGGCGUCCUUCAGGCGGCGAGCUGGAACAGCCGAAGCACGUGGGCCGAGGAAGGGCUUCUCCCAGAAACGGAUGCCGGAAGGACCCCUGGAACGUGGGUCACAGGUAGGUCAACGGGUCACUGCUGAUACUGCACCUCUGACGUCCUGGCCGUCGGUUGUUGAUGGAUGCCUGAUUGCACUACACUAA